UCCUGCUUCCCCCUGAGCCGCCUCCCACUUACUUCCUUCCGACGAGUGGAGCAUGGAGGAGCAGGGAACAGAUCAGAUCUUCAGGACAGGUCCAGCAGACCUGCAUCAGGGUCAGGUUAUAAUGACUUUCAGCAAUUCAUAUGGAAAGAACAGACAUCAGCUGGAGCUUAAAGUCACAACUCUGCUAGGUGCUUUUCCUCAUAAUACAACUGCUCUGCAACAACACAGACGAAUAAGCGAGCAAGUGAUGUGUAAACUGGGCCCACCAUCGGGGGAAUACGAAGUUGUCUGUCAGGACCAUAGGGAUCCAUAAUACAACCGGAAUGCUUAACACUCUUCACAGAAGAAGGAUAUCAAUAUUGUUAGCUCACACCCUUAACAUACAUUUCCACUGAUUCAGUUUGCUAGAUAACACUGUCUGAAAUAUAAAAUAAAAAUGGCAAUGACAAAAAAACAUUUCUGGAAAUGUCUUCUGGGAUCAAUAGCAGCUGUCAUCACCCUCCGAUUCGCUUUGCACUUCAAUAGCUUCUAUGUUCUUAAUAAUGUUAUUGAUAAAACAGAAGAGUUAUCUUUUUCUAAUGCGAUAAUGUCAAACCAACCUAUAAUCGAGUUACCCUACUCUGAAUGCAAGGAAGACACUUCUGCCAGAAACGUAACCAAUUUUAAUAAAGAACCGCAGAACAUGAAGGAUUUUUUGACCUACCGUCAUUGCAGGAGUUUUCCACAGCUUCUUGACUCACCCAUGAAGUGUGGUGGACCAGCUAACUCAAAAGAAGUCUCUCUCUUGCUGGCCAUUAAAUCCUCCCCUGCCAACUAUGAGCGUCGGGAGGCUGUGAGAAAAACAUGGGGAGUGGAGAAAACCUACAAUGGAUUUCAGGUAAAGAGAAUUUUCCUCAUUGGAACACCAAAACAAAAAGAUGAGGAGAAGCGGAUGAUGCAAUUGCUGACUAUUGAGAGUCAACUGUAUAAUGAUGUAUUGCAGUGGGAUUUUUAUGACUCUUUCUAUAAUUUAACUCUGAAACAGGUUUUGUUCCUGACCUGGUUUGAGGCUAAGUGUCCCGGAGCCAAAUUUAUUUUUAAUGGAGAUGAUGAUGUAUUUGUAAACACUGUGAAUGUGAUAACUUACUUAAACAGCCUAAACAAUGACGGAAACAAGCACCACUUAUUUGUAGGGGCAUUAAACAUAGGUAUGCCUCCAAUUCGACAGCCAAACAGCAAGUAUUAUGUUUCAGAGGCACUGUUUAAGGGAAACGAAUUUGACCCUUACUGCGGAGGUGGAGGUAUCCUUAUCGCAAGUUUCACAGCCCACUCUAUUAUUAGGGAAUCUCAGUAUAUCCCUCUCUUUCCCAUUGAUGAUGCCUAUCUAGGAAUGUGCUUAGCAAGGGCUGGUCUCAAACCCAGCAACCACGAGGGAAUAAAAACAUUGGGAAUCAGAUUGCCAAAUGUGGAUAGCUUUGACCCCUGCUAUUACCGGCACAUGCUGGUGGUGCACCGCUUUGUGCCGUACGAGAUGCUGAUUAUGUGGAACGCCCUGCAGAUUACAGAGCUAAAAUGCAGACAAAAGAGCAGAGUUACUGUUGAAAAGACAAACUCAUUAAACAAGAAGAUUUUGCUUGAAUGAUACCAAAGAACUUUGUUUCCAAAACUUCCAAAAUAUGGUGGGGCAACAAAGCAUCAUUGCUUUUUGGUAGCAGAACAAAUCCUGACACUGAACAAAGACUGAACCUAUGUGCUAUGUUACUAUGUUAUGUGCAUUAAUAAUAAACAAAAUAAAGUUGACUUCUAAUGGUUAAAGCAUAAAAAAACAAAGAAAGAAGAUACUAUAUGAUUAUACACAACA